AUGUCCAAUAUAUUAAAAUAACCAACAAUAAAUAGUACCAUCUAAAACAACCAAAAAAGUAUAAUAUAAUAAUAAAAAACUAAAAUUUAAAACUAAAAAAAAAAAAGAAAAAAAAAAAUGAUAAGUUUACUUCUCUCAACAUUAACAGAAGACUAAAAUUAUUUUUCAGAUUUGAAAAUCUAUGAAAAAUUCCCUUAUUUAAAAGAAGAAAAAUCAAUAUUUAAUGAAUAAGUUUAACAGCUUUGCUAUUAAUAUUCUGAUAAAAUAUGUGAAGAGGAGUAAGUUUAACUUUAGACUGGUAAUUUUAACUUAGACUGCCUAGGAAGUCAUUUAACUUAAUCAAUUAAUUCAACUGAUUAAACUAGAUUGUAAAAAUAAUAUCUUGGAUUUCCUAGAUUUAAGCAAAUAGAAUAAAAAACUGACUCUACGAAUGAGGAUAAUACAUUUGAAAACUAAUAAGACAAAAGCCUUAAUCUUAACUCAUAAGAGCUGAUUGAUUCACCAGGUAGAUAUAAUGGCAGAAUAUAUGAAGGUGAAGAUGCUUAACAUUCUUUAAAUAAUUCUUAAGAGUAAAUCUACUUAGAUUCACUAAAUGAUAGAUGUAAAAGAUCAAAGAGAACACAAAUUAAUCCUGAAUAAAUGGAACAAAUUAAAAGGUCACAGAUAAGUGGAAAUGAGCAAGAAUUAACUGAAGAAACUAAAGGCGUAAUAAAACAAGGAUUUCUAAGUUCACUAUAAUAAAUUAUAUCAUCUAAAUUGUAAAGUUUUUUAGUAUCAAAUAAAAAUCCUAUGUUUUAUGGUUUGGAUGAUUGUUUAAUAGAUCUAAACUAGAUAUAAUAAGGAUAUGAUGGUAGAAUUACUUACAAAAAUAAACAACAAUUGUAAACAGUUACCUUUUUAAUAUCUGGCUAUUUAACUUAGGAUCUUAAAGCCUCAGAAAACUUUUAAAUAUUAACUAAUACUAAGAAUAAAGAAUCUUAAGAAAAUUUGUUUAUUUUCUACAAAUGGUCAGACAGUAGACUUUUCAAAAUUUUAGAUAAAUUUUUAAAUAAUAUUAUGCACAAUUAUGAACCUGAAAUUUAUCAAGACUAUUUAAAAGAAUUGUUAGAUAGUUGUUUAUAGGCUUGUUUUAACGAUGUUAUAAUAAAAGGCAUAUAUUGGCUGUUAGAGUUACUCAAUAUGUGCAUCAAAUAAGUUGGAACACCUUUCUUUUUAAAUUAAGUUAGAAUACUUAAAACCGCUCUUGAUACAACAAUUGAAGACUUUUAAGUUGCUUAUGAAUAGGCUAAAAAUGGUGGCAAAAUUUUAGCUGAAAAUAUAAACAAUCUAAAAUUAAUGAGAAAAUUAAAUAUAGAUUUUAUGGGUCACAGCUUAGGAGCAGUAGUCACUGCUUAUGCGGUGAAAAAUUUAUCAAUGUCUGCUAGAUAUUUAAUGCUUUUUGGAGGAGUUGCAACAGUCAAAGAAAUUCAAGACUAUUCCAAGAAGUUUUAAAUGUGCUAUAACUUCUAUUCUGAAAACGACACUGUGGUUAAAACAUGUCUAGUAAAAGCAAAAGUCGUUGGCGAUCAAAAAUUUGUAGGAACAAUACCAUUUAGUUUUAAUAAUCAAAUUUUCAAUUUAAAUACAAAAAUUGAUCAUCUUGAUUAUAUGAAUAAAUAUUAAGAGUAUUAUAAUCUUGCAAUGGAGUAAUUUAAAUCACCUUCUAAUAGAUUAGACUAAACUGAGAAAAUAAAUUUCAUGAAAUUUGGAUUAGGAGAAUUAUUACUUUAUUUAUUACAAGAUAAGCCUAAAGAUAAAUAAGUAUCUAUAUUUUAUCUGUUUGUUCUCUACAUUUAUUAAUUAUUUUUAUGA